AUGGAAACGAUUGAGACCCAAGCUGAAGAGAUCAAGGCCAUCAAGGCUAUUAUGCAACAAAGCGCGAGUCAACGCAGGUAUAGCGAGGUCGCUACAAGCGGAAACAUAUUAUCGAAUACACUUGGGUCGCUAAGGGAAUCUCCUUCUUCGAGCAGCGGACCAAGCCGACAUGAAAGGCCUCAAAGACAGGACAAGCGGCCAGUAUCUAUUGACACCGGCAGGGUGAAAGGCGCAAGAAACGACUAUAAUGGCGUACGGAAUGCCUCAUGUGCCGGACUCAAGGUCAACAAAGUCACGGAACAGCUAACAAUCGAAUAUUUGCGACCUGACCCCGGCGACAGGAUCGACGUGAUCUUCGCGGAUAAGGACGGAGCCAACAAGGCGAAGCAGCAUAGGCGCCAGCUGACCUCAAGCUUGUUAGGUGCGCGCAUCAAAGUUGAGCAGUGGUAUCCAGUGAAAUCUGAUAGUGUGGUAAAGCAAUGUGUCUUGGAUGGCGAGAAGAGCGACGGUAGGACGCUGAAGAAGGACUUUUUGAAGUAUUUCAGGGAGCCGUUCUUUCCCACCUCUAAGUAUAAUUCCGUCUCAAGCACCUUACUAUUAUUAUCCGCAUCGUACCCUUACGUUAUGUCCCCGCCGCUUACGCAAGAUACUCCAGCUGAAACGUAA